AUGGAUGCUUCAGGUCCGCUUGAUACGUCGAAUACAACGGAUACGAUCAUUGAGAAAACAAAUAAGUUGAAAAUUAGUUCAGUGGUAGAAAGUAAAGAUGAAAGCAAUAAGGACAGUUCAUCUGCAUCGAAAGUGCCAUUUACCAAAAAUAUUGGAAAUGUGGAACACGGAAUAGGAGCUCCACAACAAGCAAGUACAAAAGUAUAUUAUCAUAUCGAUGAUGAAAUGGUGCCAUAUUGUACUGAUGUCAUGGUGCCACCUGAUAAAAUAACAUUAGGUGAUUUCAAGCGUGUGUUGACACGAUCAAAUUUUAAAUAUUACUGUAAAGCUCCCGCUCCCGAUUCUGGAGUCUUUCCUGAGGUAAAGGUAGAAAUACGUGAUGACAAUGAAUGUUUACAUCGGUCGGCAAAUGGUCAGUUUGAGCUCUUUUUGCUUACAUCAGAAGGUAGCAGUCAUUCCGAUGGUUCUUCGGGUCUUCCACUGAAAAGUGCACGACUUAUGCAUUUGUGCAUUAUUUUAUUUCCGGUCCCGGGCCCAACACCGACUAUGUAUCCUAUUGGAAGUAUGGCUUAUCGACAAGCUGUGCAGCAGUUUGAUCAGAGCAUGGCAUCUACAGAUUCGGACUCUUUUAUUAGUGAUAUGAGAGGCCUGCCAAUGCAAGUAAAGGGAAUGCCGAGGCGACCAUUUCCGCAGCAAUACAUUCCGCAAGGACAUCGCGGAGGUCGACGUUUUGAAGAUUCAACGUUGGGCUCUGAAAGUGACGCACGGCUGUUCUCGGAUGAUGAUGACCGUUCAAGAGUUUCAACUUCUACUGACAUUACUAGUGUUUCUCGACAGCAUCAUGCACCUGCAUAUCGUAAGCGCCGAAAUCGUCGACGAUUUCGGCAACCUUCAAGAGCUUCAUCUUUUAGUAGCAUAACAGAAAGCUCAAUGUCAUUGGAUGUAAUCACGGUAACACUAAAUAUGGAUACGGUGAACUUCUUGGGUAUCAGCAUUGUUGGACAAAGCUCAUCUCGUGGUGAUAAUGGUAUUUAUGUGGCUAAUAUUAUGAAAGGAGGUGCUGUAGCAUUAGAUGGGCGAAUUGAGCCGGGUGAUAUGAUUUUACAAGUAAACGAUAUUUCAUUCGAAAACUUCACGAAUGAUCAGGCAGUAGAUGUUUUGCGCGAAUCAGUUGCACGAAGAGGACCAAUUAAGUUAACAGUAGCUAAAAUGUGGGAUAGCGGACCAAGAAGUGCAUUCACUGUUCCCCGACAUCGAGACGAACCAGUGCGACCUAUUGAUACUCAGGCUUGGAUACAGCAUACUAAUGCUAUGCGUGGAAUGCCAUCCAUUCUCGAAGGAUCUGAAGGUGCCCCAACUCCAAUACCCGGUCAAUACGGCAGACCUGCAAGCAGCAGCACUGCAACAUCAAAUGGUUCUGUUCCCAAUACUAUUGUUGGCGGAGCCCAUUUUCGAUUAGAUGCUAUGACAGACAAGAAGAAAGUUGUUCAAAUGAUGGUUAUGCCAAAUUCUGGGUUAGAUAUCAAAAAUCGCACUUGGCUUAAGAUUCCGAUUCCAAUGUCUUUCCUCGGUAGUGACUUGGUCGACUGGCUGAUGGAACAUGUUGAUGGUCUCCGUGAUCGAAAGGAUGGACGUAAAUUUGCUGGAGAAUUAUUGAAAGAGAAGUUAAUCAGUCAUGUGGUCAAUAAAAUUACGUUCACUGAACAAUGCUACUAUAUUCUGGGCGAAGAAUGUGCUGAUUACGCACGCUUGCGGCAGAAUCCUGGAGGUGAUGAUCCGGGUGUUCGAAGUGAAGUGGGUUCAGUAUUGCCACCACCACCACCAGGACUUGUUGCGGCUGCAGCACAGCAAAGUGGACGUGCUUGGCCUCAGCCAGCGAUGAUACCGCAAAGUGCACCUUCAAUGGUAAGCGGUAUUGAAAAUCCAGCGAAUGUUGAUGCUACAACGCGAUUCUAUUUAACUAAUCUUUAG